GUUUAUAGCCCUGUUGUGUGCUACUGUCUUGCUGUUAUCAAGCAACGUGGUAAUAUUGUUGUGUUGAUACGUUUACAUACAUUAUUUUUCAGUGCUCACGAGUGGUUUAACUUUUGUGGGCUGCUCAAAGGGAUGGCUGUUAAUGAAGGAAAGGAAGAUACCUUGUCCUUGGUGGAGAAACAGGAGGAAGAUGAAAUUCGUGAGGCUCUUGCAGUGUUAGCUGGAAGCGACCCCGAUAACUGCUCAUAUCCGCAGGGAUAUGUUAAAAGACAGGCUGUUUUUGCUUGUAAUACUUGUACAACUGAAAGAAUGGCGCCAGCUGGAGUCUGCCUCGCCUGUGCUAACAACUGUCAUGAUGGACAUGAUGUCUUUGAACUGUACACUAAAAGGAACUUUCGCUGUGAUUGUGGGAACAGGACAUUUGGCUCAUUUAAAUGCAAAUUGAAUCCUGAAAAAGAUAUUCAGAACAUCAAGAACCUUUAUAAUCACAAUUUCUUUGGUCGCUACUGCUCCUGUGACAGACCUUACCCUGAUGAUGAUGAUCAGGUUGGUGAAGAAAUGAUUCAGUGUGUUGUGUGCGAAGACUGGUAUCACACAAAGCACCUAGGCUGUGCAGUAAUGGAGUCAGAGGAGUUACUAGAAAUGGUGUGUGAGAGCUGUAUGAACAGAGCUCCGUUCCUCUGGACUUAUGCCUCUUACUUUGCAUUUCCUCCUGUAAGCCACAUGAGCCAUUGUAAAGAGGAUGAGGAUAUGAAUGUGGUGAAGGGUGAAGGGAAGAAAGCAACACUGCAUCCAUGCAGGACGGUGCUAGACGAGGCCUCCACAAGCCAAGGCUUUCAAAAGGAAGCAAGGCAGCUUAUUACUAAUGGAAUUAAAGCUGAAAGUCAUAAGAGGACACAUGAAGAGAUGGAGAGGCACCCUGCUACGUGCCAGUUUGAUAUUGCACCUUGUAAACUACAGGAGCUUAAGGACAAAGGCUCGGUGAGAGCCGGGGUGGGUGCAGUGUUUUGGCCCUACUCUUGGCGCAGUGAGCUUUGCAAUUGCACACGCUGCAAGAGAGUGUAUGUAGAGGCAGGUGUUCAGUUCCUGCUGGACGAGACAGACACUGUUCUGGCAUAUGAGAACAAGGGCAGGACACGGGCGCUGUUGGGAGAAGACCUGCUCCUGACCUGCCUCAGCUCCCUGGACCGGGUCCAGCAGCUGGAGCUUAUUUACCAGUUCAAUGACAUGAAAGCUGAACUACAUGAGUUUCUUCAGCAGUGUGCUGACCAGGAGAAGGUGGUGACUGCUGAGGCCAUCUGCACCUUUUUUGAAGAGCUUCAGUCUCGUAAAAAGAGACGGUCUAGCCCUGGGCAGUACUACUGCAGUUAAGUCAGUAUGGAUCAUGUUACUCUCAUUUCAGUUGUGGAGGAGCUACAAUUUCUCUUUUCUGAAGCAUUCUAGUAACCACUCAUUUGAAUGAGGGGGGGGGGGGGGUAAAAGCACCUUUUCAGUGACUGCUGCUCCAGAAGAGGCCUUUGUCAGAGUCCAAAUUGUUCCUUUGCAUUUAAUAAGCUGCUUGUGUGUGACUGCAUGCCUCUCCCCUUACUAGAGGCACAUGCUGAGCUGAUUGUAGUGGAUGUCCUACAGGAGAUGGGCGUGAGGCUGCACGGAUGCUCUUUAGCUGGCUAGAGUUUUAAGGUGUUGAAGGUUCUACAUAUUUUUAAUGGGGAGAGUGUGUUUGAAAUGACUUAGCAACUGACAUGUUUUGCCCAAAUGCACUGAUUAAAUUCAGGCUAUGAAACUUU